UAAUAUGUUACGCGCCAAAUUUGUACUGUAUCAGUGUACAGUAUACAGACAUCAACACGAGUGGGUUCUGGAGAUCUGAAAAUGUCUGAACAAGAAGGAUAUUCCCCGAGUUUCAAGAGGCCCGCUGACAUUCUGCGGAUUUGCAGGAAGAGAACUCGCAGCGAGGGAGUCGGUGCAGCCGGUCGAGUGGCUGGGAGUAGUCCCGGCGUGUCAGUACCAGGAGUCAGGCCGUUUUCGCCCGGACCGCUCUUUGGCUCGCCAAGCCAAAGUGGCGGAGUUAAGCGCAGGAAUCCGUUCGCCAACAUCGAGAACACGCACAGUAAGCCGAAGAGGCGGGGCGCAAUGAGUGUGCGUGGGGAUGCGGACCACACGGAGCGGAAGCCGGUCUGUGAGGCCGGGGAAGAUGGUCCCUCUGCGCCCGUGCCGCUUGGAGAGCCUCUUACACAGGCUGAAAGAGCUGAUCAAAAGCUUUCUGCCGCCCAGAAGCCGCUUUCUCUCAAACAUGGUGACUCCGUGUUUGAUGAUUUGUUUUCGGACGAAGGGAGACCGUCCGCAGCCUACCCGAGCGAUAACGCGCCCGCAGGCAAUGAAGCUACUCCUCCAGGGGACUAUCCGGCAGACUGGAGCCUAAAGACGCGGCUGCUUAUCAUGUCGCCCUUCACCUUCUCCUGGGCCGAACACUUGAAGGCGCAGGAAGAAGCACAGGGGCUCACACACAGUUGCCGGGCUAUACACUGCAGCCUGCCUGCACCAAUCCAGGAGCCUCGCACCAGUGUUGAGCUGCGCUGUGCCUUCCAGCAGUGCCUGGUUUACUGGCAGCACCCUUCCUUGUCCUGGCUGCCACUGUUCCCUCGCAUUGGUGCUGAGAAGAAGCUCUCUGGGAAGAGCAUGCCCUGGUUGCAGGAUGAGGCUCUGCAACAGAGCCUGAUGAAUGACUGGUCGCAGAGCGUCACCUCCCUGUACAGCCUGGUGCGGACACGCCUCUGCCCCUUCUUCUACCUCUGCACUUACCAGUUUACCGUGCUGUUCCGUGCUGCCGGCAUGAGUGGCACUGAUGGCAUCACGGCUGUGCUGUCGCCCUCCACACUGGGGCUACGGGAGGCCAUGCGGGCUGAGGGAAUUGAGUUCACACUUCCCCUGUUGGAGGAAAAGAAGAAAACGGAAGAUCACGGUAAAUGUGAACAAACAGAAGAACCAUAUACAGAAGUUAAGGAGCAGAGUGAAGCAGAGGAUGAUAAGGAUGAUGAUGAUGAUGAUGCCAGUUUUUCCUGGCUAAAGGAAAUGGGUGUACAAGACCAGAUAAACAAACCUGAUUCUGUCUCCAUUAAGCUCCGUAAGGAGCACAGGGAGGUGCAGCUGGACCGCAGGCCCCAGUCGAUGGUUCUGGUGAAGGGUACCGACACCUUCACGCUCCUCAAUUUCUUCAUCAACUACAAAGGCUUGGUGGCAGCUUCAGGAGUACAGGCAGGCCUGCCCCCUACACUGCUUGCCCCUGUGGCAUUUCGGGGUGCUACACUGCAGACACUUAAGGCUCGCAGUGUGACCGUGAAGACCCAGGUGCAAAAUGGAUACCAGGAUACGUUCAGCUUGGAAGUCAGCGGCCCUGUGAUGCCUCACACUCUCCAUGGCCUGAGUCAGCUGCUGCGCAUUGCUCAGAGGGGUCGCUUCUCUGUGGGGCUGUACACCCACGAGCCCACCGCUGUGCUUAACACCUCACUUGGUUCCCCCAGGAUGGACACACAACAGGAGAAGCUUGCUCAGGAGUUGGAAGCAUGCGGCCUGGCCCUUAGCACGGUGCAGCAGUUAACGGAGCCAGCUCGCUUGGGCAGGUCUGUGCUCAGGCAUCUCGACAUGGAUGACUACUCCUACUCGUGGAUGACCUGAUGAAGUCCCACAUGGCCUGCUCCUUUCCCUAUGGGCUUGAUCCUCUAAGGUCCCAGCACUGAAUCACCUUCAUUGGUCCUAGUUUCUAACACUCUGCACAAGCAAGUGGAGCAGGGCCUGGGCUCCAGCAGUCAGCAGCUCUGGAUUCCAACAAGGCCCUCGGGUGCACAUAGACCUCCUCCACAUGGUGUGUCGCUGUUCUUUAUCUGCUGUAGGACCUAGCAGGUACCCGACCUCAACUCUUCUGUAACAGGUUCAGUUGUGAGACACAUUUCAUAAGGCCAGCAGGAGUGUGGCUGCUUUAGGAAUACAGAAUAACCUGCCUGAUGGAGGAUUUCACGUACAUGGAUUUUGUGAUUAAACUGAUUUUAAACUAACUGCACUUCUGUAAAACUCUGCUGCUGAUGUGGUUGAGGGACACUGUCAGUUGAUGGUCUUAGUUUAAAACUACGAAGUGACAAGAGCUGUCCACAAUUAAAUAUUUUGAACUUUUUCUUCACAAAUACAUGAACGUUCAGCUAUGUAUUUUUUGUAUAUUAGGCUUAGACAAACGCAAAAGGAUUGGGCAGCAAAGGCAUACUAGUUAAGAACAUUACU